AUGCAACUCGCUCUCUCUCCAAACCCCCACUCUCUCUCUCUCAAAAUCCUCUCCCUCUCAUCUUCUCUCUCAAAAAUGGACACAUCGACACCGCCCCGGCCACCGUACCGUCCACUAUCAUCAUCAAUGGAGUUAGACUUUGACAACCUUCGAGCUAUCAAAGUCUUAGGAAAAGGAGCUAUGGGCACGGUUUUUCUAGUUCAUGACAGGACAGCCGACCCUUCCGCCCGAAGUCCUUACGCCCUUAAAGUCGUAGAGAAAUCCACUCUCCAUACAAAAUUCGACGCCGAACGCCGUGCCCGGUGGGAGAUCCAAGUCCUCUCUAAACUCUCCGGCCGGAAUAGCCACCCUUUUCUCCCUCAUCUCAUAUCGUCCUUGGAAACUCCAGAAUUCAUCGCUUGGGCUGUCCCUUUCUGCUCCGGUGGUGAUCUCAAUGUGCUACGCUAUCGUCAGAAUGACCGUGUUUUCUCUCCGGCCGUGGUUCGAUUUUAUUUGGCCGAGAUAGUUUGCGCUAUAGAACAUCUACACGAGAUGGGAAUCGUGUACCGGGACUUGAAGCCUGAAAACAUUCUCGUACAACAAUCUGGUCACGUUACUCUCACGGACUUCGACCUUUCACGUACCUUAACAAAAAGAACCGUUAAAACAAUAUUGUCUUCUGCCGAUCACUGCCAUUUUGAUCAACCAGGGAGCGGUCAAUCUCUCUGUCUGUCUCUUCAGUCUCAAAAGAAACACCAUCACAGCCAUAACCGAUUCCACCGAAGAAAUAUAACCCGGUGGCUCCCUCUGCUUCCCAACAACGAUAAAACAGGCUUGAAAAAAGCCAAAUCAGCCCGAGUUAGCCCUGUGAGUCGCCGGAAACUCAGUUUCAAUAACGGAGAAAGGUCCAACUCGUUCGUGGGUACCGAAGAAUACGUGUCCCCGGAGGUUGUACGAGGAGAUGGACACGAAUUCUCCGUUGAUUGGUGGGCGUUGGGGGUUCUUACUUACGAGAUGCUGUAUGGGACGACACCGUUUAAAGCGAAGAACCGGAAGGAAACGUUUCGAAACAUUUUAUCAAAGCAGCCGGAAUUCAUAGGCAAAAGAAACGAGUUGACGGACUUAAUCGAACGGCUACUAGAGAAGGAUCCAACGAAGAGGCUGGGCUAUCAACGAGGCGCGUGCGAGAUCAAGGAGCACGCAUUCUUCAAAGGGGUCAAGUGGGACCUACUAACAGAAGUAUUACGGCCACCGUACAUUCCGGCUAGAGACGACACUAACCUAACGGAAACAGUAGCUGCAGGGGGAAUGGAUAUUAGGGAGUACUUCCAGAAUUUAAGAGCGCCGACGUCUCUUCCUCCAUCGCCAUUACCGUCGCCGUCUUCAGACUGCUACAGAAAGAUGUCAUUAACGGAGUUCUAACCGCACGUGUUACAGUUAGGCACGUGUAAGAGUUAGUUAGUAUAAUUCUUUUUUAAAUACACAUUAUACUGUAUUUGUGUACAUAAUAAAUAAUGGGUAGAACGUGAAAAGGGCUUUAGUGGGAAGAGAUUAUUAGUAGUAAUGGUUAUUAUAAAAGCUAUAAAUAGAUUAGAUUCUAUUUUGCGAUAUUAAUUUUUUUUAAUUGAUUACGAAGCCUCCUAUUAUUGGCUUGCAAAUGUGAA